CAAUUUUUUUCGGGGCCCAACCCGCCCCUAUUACACACAUCUUCCGCUCCGCUACUAGUCAAUCCUCCUUCCAAGCCCCGUCACCGACAUGGCCAACGAGUUACCAGGAACCAAAUAUAAAGCCAAGAAUCGUAGUUUCUUUCGCAAGUCGGAUGAUCCUUCGGCUGACCCUUCCAAUGUGGGAUCAACUGAGGACCAGCUUGUUGGGGGUCCAAAUAAAGUGGGUUUGGGAGUGAAGAUAAAGGGCUUGUUUGGUUUGCAUAAGAAUCGUCCGCAACCUACUCCCAGCAACGAUCCUGCGGGCAGAAAUGCCCAUGGAGAACAAACAGGCAGCCUCCGACGUGGUCAACAGCGAGCGGGUUCCAACCUACAGCAACAACAACCAGUCGGAAACAUCCAUCAGCAGCCACACGGAGAUACCCAGGGGCAAACAGAUGAUCCAGUCUCCGCAAAGGCCCUACCGCAAGUUCCUCCCGAAGUAUAUGGGUACGAGACUAAUCGAUACGGUUUGCGUAUUAACCCCCACCAUUAGAGUGGUCCAGUGGCCCGAAUUCAUAACCCAGUCGUUCCAUUCAGCAAUUGCCAAGGAUCCUAUUGGCACAGAGGAAUCGGUAUUCUAUGGGCCAUAUACUCGUCUUCUCUAUCACCUAUUCUCUUUCCAUGGACCAUACGAGAUUGUGCUGCAGUAUAAAAUCCGAGGUUCUCAAGAUGGUAUCGACGUCACCCCGACUUUUAUCAUAGAGCUUCAAAAGAAACCAGUAUUCUUUAUAGAAAUCGAGCCCGCUGCCUCCCUCCCUGUCAUCACUAGGCGACAAGAGGUAGAUAAUCAGAUGAGGGAACUUGUUGGGGACUUGCGAGCAAACUUGGCCAUCCCAGUUUUGCACGGUGUUAGUGCGUUUGGCACUCGCUUGUGCUUCUACAAAUACGAUUCUCGCUCGCGAGAGUUGACACCACAGCGGAUUCCGCAACAUCCGACUCGUGUUACAGACAUCAUGCCGGCCCAUAACUGGAGCUGCGAUGUCCUGAAUACCGAUGGGAUGCAACGCUUGCAAAAAGUUGUAGAGGAGGUAAAGGAGAUGUGUGCUCAAAGCCGACCUGCUACGUAGCACGACCAACAAUCAAAUGUGAAGACUGCGAAACAGGUUUCAUAUCCCUUGAGUUCCGAUCCAGUUCUUUUUUAUAGAUUCGAAUCCUUCGUACAAUUAUUUGCUGUCGUUGGUACGCUUCAUUUUACUGUUCCCCGUUCAUUCAGAUGAUUUGGCGCCCGUGUGUAUCGAUGUAUGCGGGACAUGGUUGCACCUGCGGGUUAAGGGGAUUCGCAGGUUAUCGCCACAUGCACGGGCUGUGAUCAUGUAAGUACAUAAUCGCAGCACAGCGAUACUCCGGAGAACUGGGGACUGGAAAUUCACUGUGU